UUGAUAAAAAAAAGUUCAUCAACUGAUAAAACCUGAAAAUUUUGACGAAAAGUGUUCCUUUUCCUCCAAAAAAAGGCAACGGUAAAAAUGGACGAAGAAAAACCAAUGUUCAAAAAGGUGUCCAAAAAGAAAGCCGUUCUACGAAGACCAAUAAGACCAGAAAGCAGCAGCGAAAGCGAAGAUGAAAUAGAAAACAUAGCUGAAAAAAUCGAAGAAAUGAAAUCAAUACAGAAACUACGAACGAGACCCAACGGUAUAGAGUUAUCAACGCUGAUGGUCGAAGAAAAAGAAUCAGUUGACGAAACCCCUCAACGUGAUUCGUUCAAACUGAAAACUGGAGGCCUGGUUGAUAUGAAUUCUUUGAAAGAUCACUUGAGCAAUAACGAUGACGCAUACGAUACCGGAAUAGGAACACAAUUUUCAGCCGAAACAAAUAAACGAGACGAAGACGACGAAAUGUUGAAGUACAUAGAAGAGCAAUUAAGCAAAAGGAAAAAGAACCAGGAAGAAGACGAAAGUGAAUCUGGUAACGCUCGUGGUAGACAUUCUGAUUUCCUUUCACCCGAAGAAGCUGCUCUUCAGUCAUUACCCGAGCAUUUGAAAGUAUCAUCGAUACGACAUUCUGAGGAGAUGCUUUCGAAUCAAAUGCUUAGCGGAAUACCGGAAAUUGAUUUAGGAAUCGAAGCAAAAAUAAAAAAUAUUGAAGCUACAGAAGAAGCAAAAUUGAAAUUGAUGCGAGAAAGACAAAACAAAACCGAUGGACAACCUUCGUUCGUUCCUACCAACAUGGCUGUGAAUUUCGUUCAACAUAACAGAUUUAAUAUUGAAGAUGGAUCGGCAACUAAGACCGAAAAAGAUGAAAUACUAAGGAAGAAAAAAUUAGAAAAACGACCACUCGAAAAAGAACAGAAAGCUACUGACGAUUAUCAUUACGAAAGAUUCAAGAAACAAUUUCGUAGAUAUUGAAACUUUAUUUAUUCGAAUCUACUUUGUAAAUAGAUGUAAAAAAUGUGUCACUUUACGAUGAUUUUUUUUUUAUAACGUACGUUGAUUGUAUAUUUAAAUAAAUAUUAAGUCGUUUCGCUUCUA